CUCUCAGUGCUGGUCUGGAGGGGUCCUCUGCAAGAGCUAUUUAACGGGCCACGUUUAAUUCUUUUCUGUUUGUACAUUUUUGGGAGAUUUUAUAUCAUCUCAAUAGUCACAAUGCUGAGCACGGUCAGUCGGCAACUCAGAAGCCACCCUGCCUUGAUCCCGCUGUUUUUUUUCAUUGGCGGUGGAUGCACCAUGUCUUUGACAUAUCUGGCUCGCCUGGCCUUGCGUAACCCAGAUGUCUGCUGGGACAGGAAGAACAACCCAGAGCCCUGGAAUAAACUGGGGCCCACUGAUCAGUACAAGUUCUAUGCAGUCAGCAUAGACUACAGCAAGCUGAAGAAGGACCGUCCUGACUUCUAGACGGAUCCAGGGAAUCCAGACGCCCAGAGCUGGACCAAAGGUUUAAAAACAAACUAAAGAUCAACAAGAAGUCUUAUUUCGGCAAAGAGUCUAAAUGGUACUUGUCUUUGCUUUUCUGGAUACCUUUUAAACAUCUAUGGUGUCUUGUAUUUUCCCUCAAUUCUUUGUAGUCAGAAACGAUUAAUAAAGGGGUUUUCUCCCUCAUACAGUGAAAAACA